UCUCUGUCGAGAGCGGCCGCUCCAUUGAGCACGCCUUCUCUUAUCCCGUCCACCUACAUCGCAUUGCAGGUCUUUCAGCUUCCAAUCGCACACACCCCCCCGACUCUGCAAGGAGCUUUAGCUUCAGACAGGCACAUAUGUCUGAUCCGAUCCCUGUCCUAACUCCAGGGAUAGAACCUACGAGUGGCGAAUCCCACAGUCCUCCAUCAUCCCUUCCUUCGAAUCCAAAUUGGGGAGCCAAAGCGGCCAAUAUGUCGAAUAGCGAGUGGAAUAAUACAGAGGCGAAUACGCUCCCGGAAAAGGUGGAAGAGAUGGCGUUGAAAGAGGAGUUGCCGAAGAGGACGGAGAGGAAGAGGAUUGUGGUUGUUGGGUUGGGGAUGGUGGGGAUUGCGUUUAUUGAGAAACUCAUGAAGUUGGAUGUUAAGAGGAGAGAAUAUGAUAUCGUGGUGAUUGGCGAGGAACCACAUUUGGCGUAUAAUCGCGUCGGAUUGACGAGUUUCUUCCAACAUCGAGAAGUCGAGAAUUUAUAUUUGAAUCCGAGAGAAUGGUACUCCUCGAUGCCCGAAGGCUCCCUAAACUACCAUCUCAACACCUUAGUCACUGAAAUCUACGCGGAAGACAAAGUUGUAAAAACCUCGGCUGGGGACACUGUCCCCUACGAUAUCCUCGUUCUGGCCACAGGGUCCGACGCAGUGCUCCCAAGGCACACCCCCGGCCACGAUGCUAAAGGUGUUUUCGUAUAUCGCACAAUCGACGAUCUGGAAAAGCUCAUCGACUUUGCGAGCAUGAGGAAGGGUACGACGGGUGCGGUUGUUGGAGGUGGUUUGCUAGGUCUUGAAGCUGCUAAAGCGAUGAUGGAUCUAGAAGAUUUUGGUCAGGUCAAGCUAAUUGAGAGAAACCGGUGGGUGCUUUCGAGACAAUUAGACGGUGAUGCAGGCGGGAUGGUUGUGGAACAAGUUCGAGCACUCGGUUUGGACGUCCUCCUCAGCAAGCGCGUUGGAAAGAUCUUGACGGAUGAGAAUAACUCUGUAAAAGGCGUAGUAUUUGAAGACGGUGAGCAAAUGGACUGCUCGUGCAUCUGCUUUGCGAUUGGUAUCAAAGCUCGAGACGAGCUUGCACGGAAAGCCGGAAUCAAGUGCGCGGAUCGAGGAGGUGGUAUCGUAGUUUCCCCUGACCUCUCAACCUCCACCCCUGAUAUCUACGCCAUUGGGGAGUGUGCAAGUUGGGAAAACCAAACCUUUGGUCUUAUUGCCCCUGGUAUUGAAAUGGCAGAUGUGCUCGCAUUCAAUCUCACCCAAGCGAAAGCUCACUCCCCACGGAAAUUCAAACGACCGGAUCUCAGCACGAAACUAAAGCUCCUUGGCGUUGAGGUCGCUAGUUUUGGAGACUUCUUCGCGGAUCGAGAUGGACCGAAAAAUAUGCCUGGCCGACGACAAGCUGCAAAGAAAGAAGGUUCAGAAGGAACCCAAGAUAAGGCUUUGACAUACAAGGAUCCAUUCCAGCAGGUUUACAAGAAGUAUCUUUUCACGAUGGAUGGGAAGUAUCUGCUCGGUGGAAUGAUGAUUGGUGAUACGAAGGACUAUGUCAAGUUGGUACCAAUGGUCAAGAAUCAGAAGCAGCUGGAGAUCCCACCGAGUGAGCUCAUCGUUGGUGCGAGUAAGGGCGAAGAUGAUGGGGAUGAUCUUGACGACGACACUCAAAUUUGUUCAUGUCAUAAUGUUACGAAAGGUGACGUAGUCAAGAAUGUUAAAGAUGGAACCUGCAAGAGCAUUGGCGACGUCAAGUCGUGUACGAAAGCUGGGACCGGAUGCGGUGGCUGUAUGCCUCUAGUCCAAACCAUAUUCAACAAAACUAUGGCAUCGAUGGGCCAAGAAGUCAAGAAUCAUCUAUGUCCACAUUUUGAAUACUCUCGCGCGGAUCUCUACAACAUUAUCAGUGUCAAGGGCUUGAAAGAAUUUUCAAAUGUUAUGAAGGAGUGCGGAAAAGAGCCGGAGUCGACUGGCUGUGAGGCUUGUAAGCCAGCUAUUGGAUCCAUAAUCUCCUCCCUAUUCAACAAGCACCUGCUCGACGAACCGCGAAGAGGUCUUCAGGACACGAACGAUAGAUUUCUGGCCAACAUCCAGCGAAACGGUACUUUCUCAGUCAUUCCUCGAAUGGCGGGGGGAGAGAUUACACCCGAUAAGCUUAUCAUCAUUGGAACUGUUGCAAAGAAAUACAAUCUCUAUACCAAAAUUACUGGCGGACAGCGUAUUGAUAUGUUUGGUGCGAGGAAACAGGAUCUUCUUCCCAUAUGGGAAGCACUGAUUGACGGUGGCAUGGAAUCUGGCUAUGCAUAUGCAAAGUCUCUUCGAACAGUCAAAUCCUGCGUGGGCACAACCUGGUGCAGAUUUGGGAUUGGCGACAGUGUCGGUAUGGCUGUCCGACUUGAAGAGCGCUAUAAGUCUAUUCGAGCGCCUCACAAGAUCAAAGGAGGUGUAUCAGGUUGUGUCCGUGAAUGUGCUGAGGCACAGAACAAGGAUUUCGGUUUGAUUGCUACUGAGAAAGGGUUCAACAUCUUCGUUGGUGGCAAUGGAGGAGCGAAACCUAGGCAUUCAGAACUCCUGGCGAAGGAUGUGCCUCCGGACGAUGUCGUUCCUAUCCUCGACCGCUACCUCUCCCUCUAUAUCCGAACAGCCGAUAAGUUACAACGAACAGCUCGAUGGAUUGAGAACUUGCCAGGUGGCAUCAAGUAUCUCCAAGAAGUCAUCUUGGAAGAUAAGCUCGGAAUCUGCGCGGAGCUUGAGAAGCAAAUGGAGCAACUAGUCGACUCCUACUUCUGCGAAUGGACCGAAGUCGUUAAGAAUCCUGCCCGUAGAGCCCUCUUCUCUCAAUUCGCAAACACUAACGAGAAUAUCAACGACACUAUCGAGCCAACCAAGGAACGUGGCCAGGAGCGUCCAUCAUACUGGCCUAAGGACUCCGCGACCGAGGACUUCCGAGGCCACAAAUGGAGUGAGCUCUCAUGGCAGCCGCUAGUCAAAGCGCAAGAGUUCCAAGAUACUUCCACUGGAGACUCUAAAGCAGUCAAACGAGGUGAUACCCAGCUAGCUAUCUUCAAGGUUCGUGGGAAAUGGUACUGUACACAGCAAAUGUGCCCACAUAAGCGCGCUUUUGUCCUCUCAGAUGGCCUUAUUGGCGACGAUAUCGCGAACAACAAGCUCUGGGUCUCAUGUCCUUACCACAAGCGCAACUACGAACUCGGAGGCGAAAAUGCGGGACGGUGCGCUAACGACGAGAGCGUUAAUAUCGCCGUGUUCCCGGUUGAGGCGAGAGAGGAUGGCUGGGUGUACGUCAAAUUGCCGUCGGUCGAGGAGCUUGAUUCAGUGCUUGGGACCGAGAAAUGGAAGAUCAAGAAGAGUGAAUCGGAGGAUCCGUUUGAGGCUCUGGAUAAGAAAUUAAAGGCCAUACAAGGAAAGGGAAGGAAGGGUGUAAUGAUCAGUCAGCUUGAGGACGGAAUAGGAGAAAAUCGGAAGGCAAGCAUGAUAGUAGCUGGGGGUGAGAGGGGCGCUGGAGGUUUAGAUUGGUGA